UGUUCUUGUUUUUCCUCUUUCAAAUCGCCUGGAGUUUAAUUGAUAUCGCGACUUGCACAAAGGAUGGGUUUGUGUCGCUAGCUCCGACGCUCAAAUUGAACUGAAGGCGGGAGGCGCGAGCGCUGAGGCGAAUGAUGCGCGAGAGGGGAAGCCUAGCCAAUAAAUAGAAGCUGCCGCUGUAACGGUCGCCGUAGCGUCCGUCAUGGAACUGAGGGGGAAACGUAAGUAGACAUUUAAAACGGACUCUCAAAAGAAGUUAAAACGCUCAACACGGACUCUCAAACGUUUAUAUGUAAAGUAAAACUAGUGAAGCACAGCGAAAAGAAGCUCUCUUCUAUCAAACAAACGGUUGGUUUCAGAACUUGGACAGCUCCCUAGUGCUGCCGCAGAAACAGUACCAACUCUGUGAGGCUACAUCGAAACUCCAGCACAGAACCGUGUUUCCGAGACUUCAGUUUGGUCCCAGGUCUUUUCGGUAUCAUCUUCCUCCGAACAUCGUGGCGCCAUGGCCGGUGCACUUGAGGGAGAGAAGCAGCUUUUUGAGAAGUUCUGGAAGGGCACGUUCAAAGCCGUGGCAAUGCCGCGACCCGAGAGCAUCAUCGUGGCCAGCAUAACCGCACGGAGAGCCGUGUCAAAGUUGGAGACAGCAGUUACCCUCGCACCAAAAGACGACAAAGAGAAAGUGGAAACUAAAGAUACAGUUGCAAAAACUCAUGAGAAAAACAGACACAUCAAACACAGAGGACGCAAACAUCGUAGCCACCACCGAGCUCGUAGUGUGUCUUUUGAUGCUGAUCUUUCCCCUCGGCCGGUGUAUAAAGCGAAGAAAAAGAAGAAGAAGUCAGAAAGGAAGAGGAGGAGACAAAGUCCAUCACAUGUGAGGAAGAAAAAGAAGAAGAAGAGCUCAAAGAAAAGAAAGCACCAUAGGUCUGCCUCAAGGAAGGGGAGACACAGUGUUGCGAGUCCCAGGUAUAAAAGAAAGGAGGACAAAAAACACAAAAAAAGGUCAAGGAGCCACUCUCAUCGCAAACACAGACACCGGAAAGUAGAAAUUAGAAGUUCUCCCUGCAUGGAAAUCAGAUAUGAAGAUUGUGAAAAGGCUGACUUCCACGAUGGUGGGCAUUCAUCAGCUGAUCACAGAGGCGAUGCAUGCAGUUCGGCAAUCAAGCUGACCAAUCAAAUCUCCUCUAAGUGCUGCUGCCGCCUCUCUGAAAGCACUGUCUUACCAUCACGUCCUUGGGUUGAGGGUUUAAACAAAAUGGUGAUUGUCAAGGACUCACUGUCCAAUAAGGGCAAAGAACAUGCAGAUUACGAUUCGGGAAAUGACACGUCUUCUCCACCCUCAAGUAAAACUGGCAUCACAAGGUCAAAGGUUGUUGGAAACAAAAAGGUAUCAUAUCAAGAGUUGACAUCUCCAAUGAAGCUCAGACUAGCCGAUGGGGACAAUGCCUCAGAUUCAGGAAAUUCACUAACCAGCUAUGACUCUCUGGGUAAACCGUUGCUGAGAGACAAUACUUUACACAGCUCUGUCUUCAACAAGCUCAAAGGUGAGGAAAUGGGAAGAUACUCUGAUUUUGAGAAGACACCUCUGGGUCUUGGCCCUGAUAGGAAUCAGAGACCUUCUUAUGAUAGAUAUCAACAUCGAACAAGAUCCCGCAGCAGAAGCGCAUCAUCCCAAAGCAGAUAUUCAGGGCGCUAUUCUAGAAGCCGAUCUCGGUCCUCAGGGAGGAGAUCAUAUUCCCACUCAUCCAGUUACUCACUGGAUUCACGAAGAGACAGUCUGUCUAGUGCGAGCUGCUGCCACUGUCUAAGUUACACACGGUGCACAACAGACAGGUUUCGGGAGCGAAAGAGAAACUGCCGUUCCUGUGAGAGUAAAAAGCACAAUAGGAGAAGACCUUGUUCCCCAAUGAGAAAGAGAAGAAGAGAUUCCCCCAGCCAUCUCGAAGCUCGUAGGAUAACAAGUGCCAGAAAGAGACCCAUCCCCUACUACCGUCCCAGCCCUUCUGUCAGCAGUCGAUCCUCCAGUCUCCUCUCCUGGCGCCUGUUUUCUCUCAGCCGCAGUCGUUCGCGCAGUCGAAAUAAAAGUCGCAGUCACACUUAUUCCUCAUACAGAAGCUACAGUCGCAGCUCAUCAUGGAACUCUUUAGAUAGCAGAAGCAGUCGGAGUAGAAGCUAUGACUCAAUGGUGAGCUAUAGCAGAGCCCGUCGCUAAUUUACGACAAACCAGAUGCUGGAAUGCCAAGCUCCAGCACAAGCUUGGACUAGAUAUUACUGCAACAGGGAGCGAAAUGGACCAGCACUGAGAACACGCUUUGCUUGGAUAUGGAACAUCAGGUAGUGACAGGAUCAUCUGUUCGGUGUCAGAUAAGACUGAAGCUUUCCAUAUUGUUGUGUACUAAACUGUGUGCUUUCAUUCAUCCCGCUCAAAGGAAAACUUGUCUAUCAAUCACAAAACCUGCUGUUGUGGAAAGGACAAAACCAGAGCUAUCAUAGAACUCUUCAUACUCUUUUGAAAUAUUCUAAACAGUGAGUUUCUGCUAUACCUUGUUUGCACAAUGGUGUGAAGAUAUUCCUUUAUCAGUUGUUGUAGAUAAAAAGGACAUGUCUUCGUGUGCUGGGUCGCUCACAAGGCGCUCAUGACCUUAUUGCUUCCAUAACAGCUUUAACUGAGAGCAGCCACUUCUGUGUUUCACACACCUUUACUUUGAAAAAUGUGCCAUCCGAAUUGGUCAUACUAGAAAAUACAAACACCAUCAGACCAAAUGCCAGAUUUAUUUAUCUUCUGUUGAACAACUCAAAUGUCAUUGGCCGUGAUGAGGAUAAUGAGGAUAAUGAGGAUGAUGAUGAUGAUGAUGAUGAUGAUGAUGAUGAUGAUGAUGGUGGACAAUCAAAAUGUGGCGGAUGUGCUUCAGUGGUUGGAAGCCUUUUGUGGCCCAGCUGUCCAUACUGUGUUACCAAAUUCGUUCAACUGCAUAUUAAUCUUGCAAACCUAAAGAAACAAGAUUAAGUUAUUUUCAUCCAUUGGAUUCAAGGCUCCUUUCUGAGUGAGCAAACUUUGACCAACUGAUAUCAAGGUUAAAGCACUGGCGUAUUUAUUAUUUUGUUGGCAAUUACAUAUUUUUAUUAGUAUUGCUAUUAACAUGCCAUUACGCCAUUGCAUGACCCUUGAGUAGCUUUAAGUUGUUUAUUUUUUAAUUAUUUAUUCACUUUUAAUGCCUAGUCAUUUGAAUUUUAUCUGUGAUCAUAUUCAUAGGGUCUGCAAAUUUCUAUAUAUUAUUCAGAUCAUUAUUUAUAAGGUGAAACCUUUAAUAUUUAUGAAGAAAACAUUGAGUUUCCCAUUAUUUCUAAGUGGUUUCAAUUAAUUUAUCAUGCUCAAAAUGCCAGUUAAAACACACAUCCAGUCCUGCACUAAUUAAGUCACACACUCUCUAAAUCACUCACUUCACAUAAACCAUAGUGCUAUUUAUAAAUGCAAAUGUUUCAUAAAGCAUCGCUAUUCUUUUCUGGCUGCAUAUCAGUGCAGAUAAAUCAAGAAACUAUUACAGACUGGGAGGAACGAAGAAGGUUGUCAUAAGAAAUCAGUCAAAAAGGCAAGAACAAGGCUUUUUUAAAGGAUCAAAGAUGUGUAUUUGGUGUGUGAUACAGCUUGAUGAAAUGGCGUGCAAAAAUCAUCACACCUUCGUUUUGACCAGCAUGAUCACACGUGAAGUCGGCAUGAUGUUUCCGAUAGUUUUGAUACCAUAGGAUCGGCGACUGUAUGCCGACGCAUUCUUUUCAGACAUGUUUGCAGUGGUUUCAAUGUGUUUACCUUUCCACCUGGCGCGAUUGUCUGGGCGUUGCUUCAGCUGUGUGUGAGACUAGGGUUCAAAGCCAGACAGUAACCGUGUUUGAAUAAUCAAUGUUUCUGAGGUUUCACUUUUACCUCUAACACUGCUUUGGUUAAGGUAAGGUUUGGGUUUGGGUUGGGGGAUAGAAUCUAUAAAUAUAUGUUUUUCUCUUCAUUGUAUAACAUCCUGUAAAGCUGAAAACAACUUGCUUCACUACUAGCUUUUGGCGACCUCUCCUGGACAUAAAUGGAGAUCACACGUGCCUAUAUGCCCUACAACACUUACCGCUUUGUCCACUGGGGUGCAGUGUUUCAAAAUUUCGGUUAACGUAUACCGAUUUUGACUAAAGAAAAGUCGGUCUACUCUUUCCGAUUUCACUGUGAGAUCAGGCUGUUUUGACAGACAAUGGCAGGUUCUUUGUUUCUGUGUCCUAAAAAUCUAUUGGAGUACUUGUUAAAUGAAGGCAUGGUGAUCUCUAUGCACUGUACAUUAUUUGCUGUCUGACUGUUGUGAAUCCUGACACUUGUACAGAUAAUUAGAUGUAGAUGUGGGGGUUGGGGGGGGGGUGCUUGAAGUGUAUCACAGUGUUUUAUCUUCUUGAAUUCAUCUUCUUCUCUUGUCUCGAACUGUAAAUGAGUUUAGUGAAUGAUUAUGUAAAUCUGUCGUGUAAAUAUGCAAACAUUUAGUGCGGCUAUAUGAGGCAUGGGCUUUAUUUAUUGAGAAAGAGUAGUGGUCUGACUGUUUACAAAGCUGGAUUUCAGAUUUACAUAAUUUGCAUUGCUGUUUUUUCCUGCUGGAAAAAUUAAUUAAUAACAUGGCAUGUUGAAAUUUUGCCAUUAGUCUACCAUUGAAAUCUUGCAAUUGCAAAAGUCCUUUGGAUUGUUGCAAUAUCAUGCAAGGCUUUUGACCAGGCAUUCACUUGUAUAAUGCACAGAAUAAGAGGUAAAGAUAUAAUUUAGGUAAAUAUAUUUGUCUUUAGCAGUUAAAAGUUUAAUCCCUCAAUAUUCCCCCAUUCUACAGCAGUGUAUGUAUACAAUGAUGUCUAUGUGUACAAGAAUAUCAAUGUCUC